GCAGUCAGAGAAAGAGAGAGAGACUGGGAACGUUCAGCUUUCAAAGUCUGUGGUUUGAUCUAGGGUUUUAGACACAGAGCUCUCUCUCCUUCCAAAUUCAAAACUGUGUGAAGAAGAAAAAUGGCGACAGUUUCUAGGGUUUUUGGAGCUUGCAGGGUACUGAUGGCGAAGGCCGCUUCUUCGUCCGCCGCUAAAAAUGGUAGACAAGGUACUGGUAUUCUUAAGGUGGUUCCCGUUUCAAAGCCGCUCGCUACCUUUAUUGGGGAAAACGAAGUCUCUCGCACAACCGCCGUCAAGAAAAUCUGGGAAUACAUCAAACUUAACAAUCUUCAGAAUCCGGAGAACAAAAGGGAGAUACUAUGCGAUGAGCAACUGAAGACGAUCUUCAGUGGGAAAGACACUGUCGGGUUCCUCGAGAUUUCGAAACUUCUGUCUCAACAUUUUCCUAAGUCUGCUUGAUUCUCACUUUGCAUGAUCCUUAAAGACAGUUUAGCUUAUUUUACUCUAUCAUCCAAGAAACGGUUCUUCUUUUUUUGUAUCUUCUUAUGGGUGAUCUUUAUUGGUUAUAUAUAGACUGCCAACCAGUUCUCUUCUGUCUGAGACGUUUUAUGUAUUGAUGAUGAUCCAAGGUCAAUUUAGUUAAUGGUUUGUGGUCUUGGAGCUUGUUUAUCUCUACUAUAAUCUUCUUCGAUCUCAAUGUGACAUGGACUCCUUCGCA